AUGGCAGAAAUGCCCAGUCGAAUCCAUACAUAUAAAUUACCGCUCACACCGAUAGAAUCUACUAAAAUAAUUGAAAAUUAUGUUGUCGUUUGGUUUGGUAGAAACAUCGAUGAAGAUCAUAACUCAAUAAAUCAAAUUCGCCGUGUUGCUCAUUCGUUUCGAUUAUUUACUGAUAUUGAUGAACUUUUUGCGUUCAUUGUUAAACUAAACGACGAAAAAUUACUUUUAAUUUUGUCGGACCCAUCCGCUCAAAAAGUUGUUUCUAGCAUUCAUCAAACUUCUCAACUUAUUGCGGUCUAUAUUCUUUCUAAUGAUAGAUUAAAUGAUGAAUCAUGGAUAAAGCAAUUUGAAAAAAUACACGGCACAUUUACUCAUAUGGAAUCCAUAUGUGAAAAAUUAAAAGAUAAAUUAUUUUUGCCUGAGAAAGAUAUUAUACCGAUUGAAAUACUUGAUGCAACAACACUUCUUAUUCAAAAUUUAAUUAAAAAAAUUCUUCUUGAUGAAAUAGUUUAUCAUAAGAAAUCUAAAAAAAAACUUAUCAAAUACGCACGUCAACAAUAUGCUAACGAGUUAGAUACAAUUAAAGAAUUUGAAGAAAAUUAUAUUCCUUCAAAAGCCAUCUGGUGGUAUACAAGAAAAUGUUUUCUCUAUGUUGCAAUGAAUAACGCUUUUCGCACACACGAUAUAGAACUAAUCAUUAAAAUGGGCUUCUUUAUUCGAGAUCUUCAUCGACAAAUCAAUCAAUCCGCUGAUGAAAUUGAUAAUCAAACUGAGACGAUUGUUUACCGAGGUCAAGGAAUAUCAGAACAUGACUUAGAUAUGCUAAAAACUAAGAAGAAUGGGUUGCUUUCGUUUAAUAAUUUUCUUUGGACAAAUACUAAUCGAGAUACAUCAUUACAUUUUGCAUAUUCUGCCAGAAAUAAUCCGGAUCUAAUUGGAGUUUUAUUUCAAAUGAAAAUCAAUUCAUCGAUAAAAUCUAUUUCAUUAGAAAAAUUAAGUUACGAUUUAAAUUCUGAAAGUGGAAUUUUAUUUUCGAUCUACACUUUAUUUCGUAUUGAUGAAAUCAAACAAGUUGACGAUAAAAUUUGGGAAAUAAAUUUAAUAUUAAUCAAUGACAAUGAUCAACAAUUACAAGAGUAUGUUCAAUCUGUAGAACGCAUUGAAGAAAAAACAGCAUGGCAACAGUUAGGUUUCUAUUUUAUUCAAAUCAAUGAAUUCGAUACAGCUGAAUUGCUGUAUAAAAUCUUACUGCAAUCCAAUGCAACUGACGAUUCAGAACAGUUAGCUAUACUAAAUGAACGACUUGGAUUUCUCUAUAAUAAAAAGAAUAAUUUAAUAGAUUCACUUCUACACUAUAAAAAAUCAUUAGAGAUCUAUUUAACUAUUUCAUUAUCAGAUGAUUCUAGUCUCUAUUCAAUUUACUUAAAUAUUGGCAAUCUUUUUCAUAAGCAAAAUAAUUUAAAUGAAGCAAUGGAAAAUUAUAAAUGUGCAUUAAAUAUUAUACUUCAUUCAUUAAAAAUUGAUUCGAUAAAAGUAGCUACAGUUUAUUAUCAUAUAGCUGAAAUAUAUAAUGCACAAGGAUUAUUUAGUGAAGCUAUUCAAAACUAUCAAUCAUCCUUAGAAAGUGAACUUAAAAUUGCUCCACAACGACACUUACCACUAGCUAAUACUUACAAUAGAAUCGGUGCAGCUUUCUAUCAAAUGAAUGAUUUUAUUACAGCAUUUUCUUAUUAUGGAAAAGCACUUAAAAUUCAAAAGAAAUAUCUUUCGCCGAAUCAUUCAACGUUAGCCGAAACCAAUUAUCAUAUUGCUAUGACGUUCGCUGGUUUACAACAAUAUAGAAAAGCUAUUGAAUAUGCAGCACUAGCUGUUAAUAUUGCUCGACAUUCACUUGAAUCUAAAGAUGAUCGUAUACGAUUAUAUGAAGAUUAUCUUCAUGAACUUCAAGAAAAACCUUUAAUUGGUGUUCUACCAAAAAAUGGUUCUGUUCAUGAAUAA